UCUGUAGUUGCGCUGAUCAACCAUUGUUUGCAGACCUUGCGCCUAGUAGCGGCAUUUUAACUAGUACAAUAAAAUCAUGAUUAAAAUAGCCAAAGCGAUAGAAGGCUCGUUACUUAUGCGGGUAAACAGUGUUUCAAAGGAAAAUGGAAAUAAACAUAUAGAAAUAGAAGACGACUCUGAGGAAACUAGUAUUAGAAAUAUCUUAUAUGACAAUGAUGAUCAUUCGUUUAAAGAUGUACAGUCGCAAACAAGACUGAAAGAUCGAAAUAUGUCCAAUAGUAAAAGUGGAUACCCUUGGACAGAUUGCUGGCAUCGAAGACCUUCAAAAGACAGUGUGCUUGAAGCAAACACCACAGAGGAAAAUGGACAACCACAGAAAGUUCGCUCGCGCCUUAUUGUACCAAAAAUUGUCAUAGAAGAUGUCGAUGAAGUGGUCACGGCAUUACCAAACGAAGACUGGAACAUGUUUGAAGAGAUUGGUAGACACUUUAUCAAGACUGAUGAAUUUAAGGAUAUAGCAACCAAUGUGUUUGCCAAAAGACAAAAUGAACCAAAACUAGACCGUCAUUUAAUAAAGGUAAUGGAAGGAAAAUUGCAAAAUGCAGAUGAUCAUAUGACAAGUAUUGGACCAGAGCUGACAAAGUGUCUUAACAGUGUUGAUGCAUGUUCCAGUGUCCUAGGAAUAUUGAAACAAGAUCUGAAUGCAAUGCAUAAAGCACACAAGAUCCGUAUGCAUAAUCAAAAGAACAAAAAGAAGAAGGACAAGGAUGAAAUUAAGAAGUUAAAAAACCAAAUGGAUCAGUUAACCCACUCUACCAUAGGUAUGGAGAAAAAGUUGAACUUCAUUGAAGAUGCUGAGAAGAACUCUGCUGUCCUUGAAGCCUAUGAGAAGCUGAACGGAAUACUCACAGACAUUGACAGUGAGAGGAAAAGGAAUAGAGAAACUGUUGAGCAGUGGAGUAUAACUACAACAGAAGCAGCAGAAAAUAUUAGAAAGAAAAUGAUACCAUUUGAAAAUCAGAGGAAUGAACUCCAAGACAACAUGAAGAGGCUAUCUGAAGAGCAUGACAAAAUGAUGUCACUGAUAAACCAAUCACGUGGAGGAAAGCCAAAGGGAUCACCAAUGCCAUCCUGGAAAAAAGAAACAGUGCUUUCCUGGAAACAACAACAAACCAAGUUUGACUGGAAACAACAUACGAGCCCACCCACCAAGAGACAAGGAUGUCCAAAUAACGCACCUGUGAACCUGUACAAUAAGGAAAGACAUGAUAGGUGGAAGCCAGAGAGUCGUUUUACGGAUGAAGAAUUGAAGAAAGACAUUGCCACCUUGACCGUGCACACAAAGACUGAUGGAUCAGUGAGUAAGGAAGAGAAAGCUUGUGAAAAGGCAGCACCUGAAGGGAAGGCAAAUGAAUGUAAGCCAGAGGAACACCAUGCAGCCAAGCCACUGGAUGAAAUGGCAUUACGUAGAAAAGUAAAGUCGGAAGAAUUACGGGAGUGGUAUGAAACAGAUUUCAAAACUAGAAGGGAUAUAUUAAAAAUGCAAAUUGAACAGACAUCAAGCAGAAUAGAUUCCAUGAGCACUGAUCGUCCCAAGGAAUAGAUCUUUCUUUGCGGACCUAUAGUUCAUUCAUGGUGAAAUGAGCUGGCUGAAAUAGAAGCACACACAUUUUGUCAGCUUGCAGUUUAACAUGUGACUGAUAUUACCUACUGACCGAAACCACUUUACAGGUGAAAAUUUAUUUUUGAAAAUAUAAUAAAUUCCGAAGUUGUAAACUCUCAUUUAAAAAAAACAAAAACAAAAUGGUUUAAUGCUUAAAAUAUCUUUAACAUAUUUAAGAAAAAUGUAUAAUACAUGUUGUUGUUUUUAAGUUUAUGAAAAUACAGUUUAUCUGGUUCUUUAAUUACUUAUUUUGCACUUUUAAUUGUUUAGUGAUUAUAAAAAAAGUAUGUAACAUAUCUAGCUUUAAUAAUAUAUAUAACAUUAUGCCAUUUUUUUUUUUUUAUUACCUUGCCUUUAUGUAUUUAUGUGAGUACAGGGUAUUGUUGUAGAUUGUAAUUUCAUCUUCACCAAUAGUUUAUUGUAAAAUCAUGUAGCAUUGUCCAGCAUAGUUUUUAAAUUUGUUUUUUUCCCCCCGUCACAGUACAUUUAAUUGAGCAGUUAGUGUCAUUUUGUCAAUUACUGUCAAAUUUAUUUUAUAUGAACUAUGUGUAGCCUAUGUAGUUGAUAGUAUUGUAACAUCAUGUUGCAUCCUUUGAAAUGGUUUCAAUUUAUAUGCCUUGUUCAGCUGAUUGGGGUACUGUGAAGAUGGAACUUUAUGUAACCAUUGAAAUAAUCCUUUGUUUUUAUAAGAUCAUACAAUACAUAUAUGUAUAUGUAUACUUUUAUUACAAUUUUAAUGCUAUACAUUUUAUUAGAUGUCAUUUUAUUUUAUACAGGUAUAUAUUAUUUUUACUAAACUUAUUUUGAUACUGCAUUCAGUUGGAGGUUUUUUUGUGUGCGUGUUUUAUAAACUCGUAUAUAUUACAGUAAUCUUUUUGUUUCUGUGCUGGAAUGAUGUCCUGGACUGAGCCUAUUUGUGACAUCUUACUAACUGGUGCAGUGUGUCAUCAUGUCAAAAUCUUUAAACUAACAGAGCUCUGCGUCACUUUAUUACAAUUUUAUUAUUAAUAUCACUAUAUUUUAUUCAGAUAUACAUUAUUUUCAAUAAACUUAUUUUGUUAUUGCAUUUA